GCGCUGGCCAUGGCUUCGGCCGGCAGCGGCUGCGGUCCUUUUCUCAUUGGGGUCAGUGGCGGCACCGCCAGUGGCAAGUCCACAGUGUGCGAGAAGAUCAUGGAGCUCCUGGGCCAGAACGAGGUGGACCAUCGGCAGCGCAAGCUGGUCAUUCUGAGCCAGGACCGGUUCUACAAGGUGUUGACGGCCGACCAGAAGGCCAAGGCCCUAAAGGGGCAGUACAACUUCGAUCACCCAGAUGCUUUUGAUAACGAUUUGAUGCAUUUGACCCUGAAGCACAUUGUGGAGGGAAAAACGGUUGAGGUUCCAGCCUAUGAUUUUGUGACCCACUCCAGGUUACUGGAGACAACUGUAGUUUAUCCAGCUGACGUGGUUCUGUUUGAGGGCAUCUUGGUGUUCUACAGCCAAGAGAUCCGGGACAUGUUCCACCUUCGGCUCUUUGUGGACACGGACUCAGACGUCAGGCUGUCUCGCAGAGUUCUCCGGGACAUGAAUCGUGGCAGAGACCUGGAGCAGAUCCUAACCCAGUACACCACCUUCGUCAAACCCGCUUUUGAGGAGUUCUGUUUGCCGACUAAAAAGUAUGCUGAUGUGAUAAUCCCCAGAGGAGUUGACAAUAUGGUUGCCAUAAACCUGAUCGUGCAGCACAUCCAGGACAUUCUGAACGGCGACAUCUGCAAGUGGCAGCGAGGAGGGGCAAACGGACGAAGCUACAAAAGGACACUCCCAGAGCCAGGGGAGGCUACUGCUGUGCUGGUUUCUGGCAAACGGUCCCACCUGGAAUCUAUCAGCCGGCCCCACUGAGGAAAAGCCACAGCCUGUUUCUUGACCUCUUGGGCGGCUCCCAGCUGACCACUGUACAGUGAGUGGGGCUGGGGCUGCCCAUUUUAAAGUAGAAGGGGGGAAAAAAGUCAAUUUUAAUCAUGUUACAGAGGGAUGCUGGGACAGUCAUUCACCCUGUAGGGAUGAUGUGUGUUCAUUUCAUUCACUGCCCAACUUGGGGGAUGAAGUCUGGUGAACUGCCCUUCUCUUUGUUUUUACCUGCUGUCUUGUUCUAUUAAGAAAACAAGGAGCUUUGAAAACGGUUUUUUUUUUUUUUGGCCAUGGCCCGAAGGAGAAUUCAUGCACUUACUCCUGGCAGGAGGACGGUUUUACACAUGUUGUGGGGAAGUGCUGGGCUUGUCCUGCUGGAAAGCACACAGGUGUAAUUGUGUUUACUGGUGGUCUGAGAGGCCCUCAGUGUGGAAGCAAUAGCUUUCAUGGUAGUUCCUAGCCAUUCACGUUUCGGCUUGAAUGUGACUCAGUAGCUCAGCAAGGCAUUAUGUGUGGGGCUGCUGCCUUUUCCCUCUGUCCCCAGGCCUCAGCCAUGUGUAUGGACUUUACCCACGGGCAGCAGAUGGUGCUGAGGCCACUCUUAGGACAUCUUUUUCCAUUUAGCAUCCUUUGUGCUAAAUUACUUGCUGGACUUUGGAGAUUCAUGUGAAUUUGUUGCACAAGGUAAGCCAGCUGUUGCUACAAACCCCACACACAAGUUCUCUUCCCCAGGACCCGAUAAUGUAUAAGGCUAUUCUCCAUACAGGCACCAGUUUGUUCUUCUUUCUCUAAGGUGCUUAACUCAUCAUAGUGAUUAUACAAUACACAAGGCUGGGUUGCAGCGUUCUGGCUGCUUUUCUAAAACAUAAUUACCUAGUUAUGCUUCCUUGUACUGUUUUAGGUUCAAUAAACAGACAUCACACCA